UUGGUGACACGACGACUGACUGGUUGAGAGAAGCCAGCCAGGUUUCAUCAUAUAUUAUUAUAUUUUAGGGUGUUAAUAAAAAUAAAUUGGGAGAGCACAGAUACAUUAAUAUAGUUACAUACAUACAUACAUAUAUACACACAAACACUGAUCAUCAUCAUCAUUAAUACAUUCAACAACAACCAAUUAUUCCAAUACUCUUAUCUACUCUUCUCCAUCUAAGUACUAUCAGAUAAUCAAGAAAGGUUGGUUUUCACUUGUAUGUUUUAUUCAUCUGUUCAGUUCUGAAUCUGGACUAGCUACCUACCUACUAUAUCUCCUUCCUUCAUUAAUUAUUAAUUAUCUUAUUAUAUACGAAAAUAUAAUUUUGAAUUUGAUUUAGAUAUGGUGAAUUACUGGAAGUCCAAGGUUCUUCCGAAGAUCAAGAAAGUCUUCGAAAACCCGAAAAAGGUUGCUGCCGCGGAAGCUUGCAAGGCCUUCGAUGAAGCUAAGGAGCAAUACUCAAAAGAGUUUGAAGACAAAAAGACGGAGCUUGAACCCAAAGUAAUUGAAAUCUAUGGAGCUUCCUCCACUGAGAUUAAGAGUCUGGUGAAGGAACCAAAGGACGCAGCUCUGAAGAAGCAUUCGGUGGCAGUUGGGAAAUUCCUAGACGAACUUGCUAAGAUCGAAUUUCCGGGAACGAAGGCUGUGUGCGAAGCGGGUACGAAGGUGGGGGUAGGAUAUAUACCCGGUCCAGUAUUUUUUGUGUUGGAGAAGGUGUCUACCUUUAUAGUAGUUGAGGAGAAAGAGGAUGAGAAGAAAGAAGAGGCUGCCCCGGCCCCGGCCCCACCACCUGUUGAGGCUGCUGAGGAGAACGCUACUACCACCACCACCACUGAAGAGAGCUGCGGCACCAGUACUACUGUGGUCAAAGAAAAGGAGAUUGUGGUGGAAGCCCCGCCCGUGGUGGUGGUGCCGGAGCCUACUGCUUGCACAACUGAUGCAGAGCCACCAAAAGUUGAAGUUGCACCACCUGCAGAGCCGCCAAAGCCCUGAUCCAUCGAUAAACCCCAUCUCAUCUCAUCUCAUCUCAUCUCAUCUCAUCUCAUCAUCUGCUACAUACCUUUUUUUUCUUUUUCUUUUUGAUUGUAUCAUCAAGUCCUCCAAUUCAAACUAUAUACAUAUGUGUAUAUGUGAUUUCUUAUCAUUCUUUAUUGCUGCAAGUCAUGUAUUUAUUUAUUUUGUAAUCAUUUCAAAACCUUUGAUUUAUCAUCAUCGUCAUCAUCAGCUGUAUUAAUUAUUGUUUGCGUGAAGCUGUAUCU